CUGACAGGGGGAAUUGGGUUCAUCCACCACAACUGCACCCCGGAGUUCCAGGCCAACGAAGUGAGGAAGGUGAAGAAAUACGAGCAAGGAUUCAUCACAGACCCCGUGGUGCUGAGCCCCAACGACCGAGUGCGAGACGUGUUCGAAGCGAAAGCUCGCCACGGGUUCUGCGGGAUUCCCAUCACGGACAACGGGAAGAUGGGGGGGAAGCUGGUUGGGAUCAUCUCCUCUCGCGAUAUCGAUUUCCUGAAGGAGUCGGAACACGACUUGCUUCUCGGCGAGAUUAUGACAAAACGGGAGGACCUUGUCGUGGCCCCGGCCGGCGUCAUGUUGAAAGAAGCAAACGAAAUUCUGCAGAGGAGUAAAAAAGGCAAGCUGCCGAUCGUUAAUGAAGAUGACGAGCUGGUGGCUAUAAUUGCCCGCACCGACCUCAAGAAGAACCGGGACUACCCUCUGGCUUCCAAAGAUUCCAAGAAGCAGCUGCUGUGCGGGGCCGCGAUCGGGACCCAUGAGGAUGACAAGUACCGGCUGGACCUGCUGGUGCAGGCUGGCGUGGAUGUGGUGGUGCUGGAUUCCUCUCAGGGGAACUCCAUCUUCCAGAUCAAUAUGAUAAAAUAUAUCAAGGAGAAAUAUCCCAACCUACAAGUUAUUGGAGGAAAUGUUGUGACCGCUGCGCAGGCCAAGAACCUCAUUGAUGCAGGCGUCGAUGCCUUGAGAGUCGGGAUGGGCAGCGGCUCCAUCUGCAUCACGCAGGAAGUGCUGGCAUGCGGCCGCCCCCAGGCCACAGCGGUCUACAAGGUGUCCGAAUACGCCCGGAGGUUCGGCGUCCCCGUGAUUGCGGAUGGAGGCAUCCAGACAGUUGGGCACAUCGCAAAGGCCCUGGCGCUUGGGGCCUCCACAGUGAUGAUGGGCUCGCUCCUGGCUGCCACCACGGAGGCCCCCGGUGAGUACUUCUUCUCAGAUGGGAUUAGGCUGAAGAAAUACCGUGGCAUGGGCUCGCUGGAUGCCAUGGACAAGAACCUGGGCAGCCAGAACCGGUAUUUCAGUGAGACAGACAAAAUCAAAGUGGCCCAGGGGGUCUCUGGUGCAGUGCAGGACAAGGGCUCAAUCCACAAGUUCAUUCCAUACCUGAUUGCUGGG